CAGCCUGCCUCCUGUGCUCUGGCUCGCUCGCUCGCUCUUUCUCUAUGUGUGUGGAAUAACUGCAGACAUGACUGCGUGGAGGCAAUUCGAGGCUCUACUGGUGGCGCUCUGCGCGGGGCUCCUCACUGCAGCUCAGGGUCAGAACUGUGGCGGUUUAGUACAGGGUCCUAAUGGAACAAUAGAAAGCCCAGGAUUUCCUCAUGGCUAUCCAAAUUAUGCCAAUUGCACUUGGAUCAUUAUCACAGGAGAGCGUAACAGGAUACAAUUAUCAUUUCAUACUUUUGCCCUUGAAGAAGAUUUUGAUAUUUUGUCUGUUUAUGAUGGACAGCCGCAACAAGGAAACCUAAAAGUGAGGCUUUCCGGAUUUCAGCUGCCAUCAUCUAUAGUGAGCACAGGUUCUAUUCUUACUCUCUGCUUCACAACUGACUUCGCUGUGAGUGCCCAAGGAUUCAAAGUUAUAUAUGAAGUGCUACCCAGCCAUACCUGUGGCAAUCCUGGGGAAAUACCUAAAGGAGUUAUUCAUGGCACAAGAUUCAACAUCGGAGACAAAAUUCGGUACAGCUGUAUCUCAGGCUAUAUUCUGGAAGGCCAUGCUAUGCUGACAUGUAUCAUGAGCCCUGGGAAUGGAGCAUCAUGGGAUUUUCCAGUUCCAUUUUGCAGAGCUGAAGGUGCUUGUGGAGGAACUCUGCGUGGGACAAGUGGAAUUAUUUCAAGUCCUCACUUUCCUUCAGAAUAUGAUAAUAAUGCUGAUUGCACAUGGACCAUUCUAGCUGAACCAGGAGAUACUAUCGCUCUGAUUUUUACGGAUUUCCAACUAGAGGAAGGCUAUGAUUUCUUAGAGAUCAGUGGGACUGAAGCACCAUCAAUAUGGUUGACUGGCAUGAAUCUGCCUUCUCCUGUUAUCAGCAGCAAAAACUGGUUACGGCUCCAUUUCACUUCUGACAGUAAUCACAGACGGAAAGGAUUUAAUGCCCAGUUCCAAGUAAAAAAGGCAAUUGAGCUGAAAUCAAGAGGAGUGAAGAUGCUGCCCAAUAAAGACAGCAACCACAAGAAUUCCGUCUUGACACAAGGCGGGGAUGCGGUUGCAUCGGAUGCGUGUCCUGAUCCGGGCAUUCCUGAAAAUGGGAAAAGGACUGGUUUGGAUUUUAGGGUUGGUGCUAAUGUUCAGUUCAGCUGUGAUGACAAUUAUGUGCUCCAAGGUACAAAAAGCAUCACUUGCCAAAAGGUGACAGAUACCCUAGCUGCUUGGAGUGACCAUAGACCAAUAUGCCGUGCUAGAACAUGUGGUUCCAACCUCCGUGGACCAAGUGGUAUUAUCACAUCACCCAAUUAUCCUGUUCAGUAUGAAGACAAUGCACAUUGUGUGUGGGUUAUAACAACACUUGAUCCAGAAAAGGUCAUUAAGCUUGCCUUUGAAGAAUUUGAGCUGGAAAGAGGAUAUGACACCCUUACAGUUGGAGAUGCUGGAAAAGUGGGAGAUACCAGAACAGUGUUGUAUGUGCUGACAGGCUCUAGUGUUCCUGAUCUUAUUGUGAGCAUGAGCAACCAGAUGUGGCUCCAUUUGCAGUCUGAUGACAGCAUAGGUUCACCUGGAUUUAAAGCUGUUUAUCAAGAAAUAGAGAAAGGUGGCUGUGGUGAUCCCGGAAUUCCAUCCUAUGGGAAGAGGACUGGGAAUAGUUUUCUGCAUGGAGAUACACUUACAUUUGAAUGUCAGGCAGCAUUUGAACUUGUGGGAGAGAGAAUGAUCACAUGCCAACAGAAUAACCAAUGGUCUGGCAAUAAACCCAGUUGUGUUUUCUCGUGUUUCUUCAACUUCACGACACCUUCAGGAAUUAUUCUUUCACCAAACUACCCUGAGGAGUAUGGAAACAACAUGAAUUGUGUAUGGCUAAUUAUUUCAGAACCAGGGAGCAGAAUACACCUUAUUUUCAAUGACUUUGAUGUAGAGCCUCAGUUUGAUUAUCUGACAGUGAAAGAUGAUGGGAUUUCUGACUUACCAGCUCUUGGUACCUUUUCUGGCAAUGAUGUACCUUCCCAAAUUGCUAGCAAUGGCCACAUAGUACGUCUUGAAUUCCAGUCAGAUCAUUCUACUACUGGAAGAGGCUUCAAUAUAACUUAUACUACAUUUGGACAGAAUGAGUGCCAUGAUCCAGGAAUUCCCAUAAAUGGAAGACGCUUUGGAGACAGGUUCCUUCUAGGAAGUUCUGUUUCUUUUCAUUGUGAUGAUGGUUUUGUGAAAACCCAGGGCUCGGAGUCCAUAAGUUGUAUUAUGCAGGAUGGGAAUGUUGUAUGGAGUUCAACUGUUCCACGUUGCGAAGCACCAUGUGGUGGCCAUCUGACAGCAUCUAGUGGUGUUAUCUUGCCACCAGGAUGGCCAGGAUACUACAAAGACUCAUUAAACUGUGAAUGGGUAAUUGAAGCAAGGCAAGGGCACUCUAUUAAGAUCACCUUUGAUAAAUUCCAAACCGAAGUAAAUUAUGAUACAUUGGAAGUCAGAGAUGGGCAAACUAGCUCAUCCCCAUUAAUUGGGGAAUACCAUGGUACCCAAGCUCCGCAGUUCCUUAUUAGUACUGGCAAUUAUAUGUAUCUGCUGUUCACUACAGAUAAUAGCCGUUCUAGUGUUGGUUUCUUAAUUCAUUAUGAGAGUGUUACAUUGGAAUCAGAUUCUUGCCUUGACCCAGGAAUCCCUGUUAAUGGCCAUCGGCAUGGUAAUAAUUUCAGUAUCCGAUCUACAGUAACUUUUAGCUGUGAUCCAGGUUACACUCUUAGUGAGGAUGAACCACUUGUGUGUGAACGGAACCAUCAGUGGAAUCAUGCACUACCUAGUUGUGAUGCUCUAUGUGGUGGCUAUAUACAUGGGAAAAGUGGAACAAUACUAUCACCAGGCUUUCCUGAUUUUUAUCCAAAUUCUUUAAACUGCACGUGGACAAUCGAGGUUUCUCAUGGCAAGGGUGUUCAGCUGAUUUUCCACACCUUUCAUCUGGAGAGUUCCCAUGACUAUUUGCUCAUCACUGAAGAUGGAAGCUUCACAGAACCUGUGGCCAGAUUAACCGGAUCUGUUUUGCCUCCUACGAUAAAAGCUGGACUCUUUGGAAACUUCACUGCACAACUUCGCUUCAUUUCUGAUUUUUCUAUUUCCUAUGAAGGCUUUAACAUAACAUUUUCAGAAUACAACCUGGAGCCGUGCGAUGAUCCCGGAGUUCCUGCAUUCAGUCGACGGAUAGGAUUUCAUUUUGGUGUCGGAGAUUCUUUGAUGUUCUCUUGUUUCCCUGGGUAUCGUUUGGAAGGUGCGGACAAGCUUACAUGCCUGGGUGGCGGCCGUCGUGUGUGGAGUGCACCUCUGCCAAGGUGUGUGGCUGAAUGUGGAGCAAGUGUGUCUGGAAAUGAAGGAACACUGUUGUCACCAAAUUUCCCAUCUAAUUAUGACAACAAUCAUGAAUGCAUCUAUAAAAUUGAAACUGAACCUGGGAAAGGCAUCCACCUGAGAGCCAGAACGUUUCAGCUGCAUGACGGAGAUACUGUUAAGGUAUAUGACGGACCAGAUAGCUCAUCACGACUUUUGGGGGCCUUUACAAAAAAUGAAUUGAUAGAGCAAAUACUCAAUAGCACAUCCAACCACUUACGGAUAGAAUUUUAUACUAAUGGAUCAGAUACAGACCAAGGAUUUCAACUCACAUAUACAAGUUUUGAUUUAGUGAAAUGUGAGGACCCUGGAACACCAAACUAUGGCUACAAGAUCCGCGAUGAAGGGCAUUACACCGAAACUGUUAUUCUAUAUAGUUGCAAUCCGGGCUACAUGAUGCAUGGCAGUAGUAUUAUUACCUGCCUAAGUGGAGAUAGAAGAGUUUGGGACAAACCUUUGCCUACUUGUAUAGCUGAGUGUGGUGGGCGAAUUCAUGCUGCUAGUUCAGGUCGCAUUUUGUCUCCAGGUUACCCAGCUCCAUAUGACAACAAUCUUCAUUGUACUUGGAUUAUAGAAGCAGACCCAGGGAGGACAAUUAGUUUGCAUUUUAUUGUUUUUGACACUGAGGUGGCUCAUGACAUCCUGAAAGUGUGGGACGGCCCCCUUGAAAGCAGUAUUCUACUUAAAGAAUGGAGUGGCUCAGCCCUUCCUGAGGACAUUUACAGCACUUUCAAUUCACUGACCUUACAAUUUGACAGUGACUUCUUCAUCAGCAAAUCAGGCUUUUCUAUCCAGUUCUCAACAUCUGUUGCGUCAACGUGUAAUGAUCCAGGGACCCCACAGAAUGGCAGCAGAUAUGGAGACAGCAGAGAGCCUGGGGAUACAAUCACCUUCCAGUGUGACCCGGGGUACCAGCUUCAAGGGCAGGAUAAAAUUACCUGUGUUCAACUGAACAAUCGAUUCUUUUGGCAACCUGAUGCACCUACAUGUAUAGCUGCAUGUGGCGGAAACCUUACAGGCCCAGCAGGUGUUAUUUUAUCACCAAACUACCCACAGCCGUAUCCUCCUGGGAAAGAAUGUGACUGGAGAAUAAAAGUAAACCCUGAUUUUGUCAUUGCCUUGAUAUUCAAAAGUUUCAACAUGGAACCCAGUUAUGAUUUUUUGCAUAUUUAUGAAGGAGAAGAUUCCAACAGCCCUCUAAUUGGCAGUUUUCAAGGCUCCCAGGCACCUGAAAGAAUAGAGAGCGGUGGUAAUAGCCUGUUUCUGGCAUUUCGUAGUGAUGCUUCCGUUGGCAUGUCAGGAUUUGCCAUUGAAUAUAAAGAAAAACCACGGGAAGCUUGCUUUGACCCUGGCAACAUAAUGAAUGGAACUAGAAUUGCAGCAGACUUUAAACUUGGAUCAAGUAUCACCUACCAGUGUGAUUCUGGUUACAAGAUUAUUGAUCCUUCUACUAUUACUUGUGUGAUUGGUGUUGAUGGAAAACCUGCAUGGAAUAGAGUUUUGCCAUCAUGUAACGCUCCCUGUGGGGGCCAGUAUAUUGGAUCAGAUGGAGUGGUUUUAUCACCAAAUUACCCUCAAAACUACACUGUUGGGCAGACUUGUCAGUAUUCAAUUACUGUGCCUAAGGAAUUUGUUGUCUUUGGGCAGUUUGCCUAUUUCCAAACAGCUCUAAAUGAUGUAGUGGAAUUAUUUGAUGGAGAACAUCCACAGGCUAGACUUCUGAGUUCACUUUCUGGAUCUCACUCAGGAGAGACCUUGCCUUUAGCCACAUCCAAUCAGAUUCUCUUGAGGUUUAGUGCCAAGAGUGGAGCUUCUGCCAGGGGAUUCCAUUUUGUCUACCAAGCUGUUCCACGAACAAGCGAUACACAAUGCAGUUCCGUCCCAGAGCCAAGAUAUGGCAGAAGGAUUGGCUCUGAAUUUUCAGCAGGUUCUGUCGUUCGCUUUGAGUGUAGCCCUGGCUAUCUUCUGCAAGGCUCCAAAGCUAUCCGCUGCCGGUCGGUGCCCAAUGCUUUAGCCCAGUGGAACGACACAGUGCCAAGCUGUGUGGUACCAUGCAGUCGGAAUUUCACUGAACGGAGAGGUACUAUAUUGUCUCCAGGCUAUCCUGAACCUUAUGGUAACAGCUUGAAUUGUGUGUGGAAAAUCAUAGUGACUGAGGGAUCAGGUAUUCAGAUCCAGGUCAUAAGUUUUGCCACUGAACAUAACUGGGACUCCCUUGAAAUCUAUGAUGGUGGUGACAUGACAGCACCAAGACUUGGGAGCUUUUCAGGUACAACAGUGCCAGCAUUGUUGAACAGCACCUCCAAUCAACUGUAUUUGCAUUUUCACUCUGAUAUUAGUGUGGCAGCUGCUGGUUUUCACCUGGAAUACAAAACUGUAGGCCUUGCUGCCUGCCCAGAACCAGUAAUUCCUAGCAAUGGAUUCAAAAUGGGCGAUAGAUAUAUGGUGAAUGAUGUUUUGUCAUUUCAGUGUGAGCCGGGAUACACAUUACAGGGACGUUCCCAUAUUUCUUGUAUGCCUGGAACAGUUCGCCGCUGGAACUAUCCUUCUCCUCUCUGUAUUGCAAAAUGUGGUGGUACGCUAACAAACAUGGCUGGAGUGAUCCUGAGCCCAGGUUUCCCAGGAAACUAUCCUAGUAAUCUUGGCUGCACAUGGAAGAUCUUAUUGCCUGUUGGAUAUGGGGCCCAUAUACAAUUUCUGAACUUCUCCACUGAAGCUAACCAUGACUUCCUUGAAAUUCAGAAUGGUCCUUAUCACACAAGUUCUAUGAUUGGCCAAUUUAGUGGAACAGACCUUCCUCCAUCUUUAUUAAGCACCACGCAUGAAACUCUCAUCCAUUUUUAUAGUGAUCACUCAGAAAAUAGGCAAGGAUUUAAACUUGCAUAUCAAGCUUAUGAAUUACAAAAUUGCCCAGACCCUCCUCCUUUUUUUAAUGGAUAUAUAAUCAAUUCAGAUUAUAGUGUGGGCCAGUCGAUAUCUUUUGAGUGCUAUCCUGGAUAUGUAUUGAUUGGCCAUUCUGUUCUAACUUGCCACCAUGGGAUCAACAGGAACUGGAACUAUCCUUUUCCAAAGUGUGAAGCGCCUUGUGGCUAUAAUGUAACAUCUCAGAAUGGUACUGUAUACUCCCCAGGAUUUCCAGAUGAAUACCCAAAUUCAAAAGAUUGUACAUGGCUUAUUUCUGUACCCCAGGGCCAUGGAAUCUAUAUCAAUUUCACCUUACUCCAAACAGAACUAGUGAAUGACUACAUUGCAGUUUGGGAUGGCCCAGACCAAAAUUCACCUCAGCUGGGAGUGUUCAGUGGGAAUACGGCUCUUGAGACGGCUUAUAGCUCAAGCAAUCAAGUCCUUCUCAAGUUUCACAGUGACUUCUCCACUGGAGGGUUCUUUGUUCUCAAUUUUCAUGCAUAUCAGCUAAAGAAGUGCCAGCCUCCACCAGCAGUUCCGCAAGCUGAAUUGCUUACAGAAGAUGACGAUUUCGAAAUAGGGGACUUUGCCAAGUAUAAGUGUCAUCCUGGCUAUACCUUAGUUGGAAACGACAUGAUGUUCUGUAAGCUAAAAGCACAACUCCAAUUUGAGGGUUCCCCUCCAUUUUGCGAAGCACAAUGUCCAGCAAAUGAAGUUCGUACAGAUUCAUCUGGAGUAAUCCUCAGUCCAGGUUAUCCUGGCAACUACCCCAAUUCACAAACUUGUGCCUGGACUCUUAAAGUUGAACCAAAUUACAAUAUCUCCAUCUUUGUAGAAACUUUUCAAAGUGAAAAACAGUUUGAUGAGCUGGAGAUCUUUGAUGGUUCUUCUGGACAAAGCCCUUUGUUGGUUGCUUUGAGUGGAAAUCACACUGGACAACUGAACUACACAAGCAAAUCCAGUCAGUUGUAUCUGCGUUGGUCAACUGACCAUGCAACCAGUAAGAAAGGAUUCAAGAUACGUUAUUCAGCUCCUUACUGCAGCUUAAACCGUAUUGUGAAGAAUGGUGGAACUGUAAAUAAAACUAGGGGCACAGUUGGCAGCCUAGUGCACUAUUAUUGUAAGCCUGGAUACAGAAUAAUUGGUCAUAGCAAUGCAACUUGUAGACAUCGCCCAGAUGGGAUGUAUCAGUGGGAUUUCCCUCUUCCACUUUGCCAAGCUGUAUCCUGUGGUAUUCCAGAAUCUCCUGGAAAUGGUUCCGUCUGGGGUAAUGAGUUUAUUUUGGGCAGCAGAGUGAUAUAUGAAUGUAAUGAGGGCUUCAAGCUAGAGUCUAGUCAACAAGCAACAGCCGUGUGUCAAGAAGAUGGAUUGUGGAGCAAUAAAGGAAGGCCACCUGUCUGUAAACCUGUGACUUGCCCCAGCAUUGAGGGUCUACUCUCAGAACAUGUCGUCUGGAGGCUGAUUUCUGGGUCGGUGAAUGAGUUUGGAGCACAAGUCAUGCUGAGCUGCAGCCCUGGCUAUUAUUUAGAGGGUCAGAGACUCAUGCUGUGUAAAACUAAUGGAACAUGGAGUGAUGCUGAUGAGAGCCCAAUGUGCAAGGUUAUCUCCUGUGGAAGUCUUCCAUCUCCACCAAAUGGUAAUAAGAUCGGCACCUUGACAGUAUAUGGAGCCACAGCAAUCUUCACCUGUAACACUGGAUAUACACUAGUUGGGUCUCACGUGCGGGAAUGCUUAGCAAAUGGCCUUUGGAGUGGAACUGAAACACAAUGUCUUGCUGGACACUGUGGUUCUCCAGAUCCAAUUGUAAAUGGCCACAUUAGUGGAGAUGGUUUCAGUUAUCGUGACACAGUAGUAUACCAGUGUAAUCCUGGUUUUCGUCUUGUUGGCACAUCAGUCAGGAUAUGCUUGCAAGAUCAUAAGUGGUCUGGGCAAACACCAGUUUGUGUCUCAAUCACAUGUGGCCAUCCUGGAAAUCCUGCUCAUGGCAUGACCAAUGGCAGUGAAUUCAAUUUGAAUGAUGUUGUCAACUUCACAUGCAAUACUGGAUAUUUACUUCUGGGUGUCUCCAGAGCACAAUGCCGGAGCAAUGGACAGUGGAGCAGCUCCUUACCCACUUGCCGAGUGGUGAACUGUUCGGACCCAGGCUUUGUGGAAAAUGCAGUUCGUCAUGGACAGCAGAAUUUCCCUGAAUCUUUCAAGUAUGGAAUCAGUGUGGUUUAUCAUUGCAAGAAAGGAUUUUAUCUGUUAGGAUCUUCUGCUCUGACCUGUAAAGCUAAUGGUUUGUGGGACAGAUCAUUGCCGAAAUGUUUGCCAAUAUCGUGUGGACAUCCUGGAGUUCCAACCAAUGCAAUACUCUCAGGAGACAAAUUUACAUUUGGAGCUAUAGUUCACUACUCUUGCACAGGAAGCCGAACUCUCCUAGGAAACUCUAGUAGAGCAUGCCAAGAGAACAGCCGUUGGAGUGGAACUCUCCCCCACUGCUCAGGAAACAACCCAGGAUAUUGUGAUGAUCCUGGUGUGCCAUCCCAUGGGUCUAGACUGGGGGAUGAGUUCAAGAUAAAAAGCCUACUACGCUUCUCCUGUGAAAUGGGUUACCAGCUGAGAGGUUCUCCAGAAAGAACAUGUCUCCUUAAUGGAUCUUGGUCUGGUUUGCAACCAGUGUGUGAAGCUGUAUCUUGUGGAAAUCCUGGAACACCAGCCAAUGGGAAGAUAAUCUACAGUGAUGGGAUUUCAUUCUCCAGCUCAGUCAUCUACUCCUGUUGGGAAGGUUACAAGACUUCAGGGCUAACUACUCGGCACUGUACAGCCAACGGGACAUGGACUGGCACGGCUCCAGACUGCGCAGUGAUCAGUUGUGGAGACCCAGGUGAAUUAUCAAAUGGCAUUCAUUUUGGACAUGAUUUCACCUUUAAUAAGACGAUAACCUAUCAAUGCAAUCCAGGAUACCUGAUGGAGCCAGUCAGUGCAUCCACUAUACGCUGUACCAAAGACGGCACCUGGAACCAGAGUAAACCCAUCUGCAAAGCCAUCACAUGUGGUCCACCUCCCCAGGUGCUGUAUGGAAAAGUGGAAGGAUCUGAUUUUCACUGGGGAUCAAGUAUAAGUUACAGCUGUGCUGAUGGGUAUCACCUUUCCAAUUCUGCUAUCCUUUCAUGUGAAGGACGAGGAGUAUGGAGGGGAGAGGUCCCACAGUGCCUGCCUGUCUUCUGUGGAGAGCCUGGUAUUCCAGCUGAAGGGCGACUCAAUGGUAAAAGUUUCACCUACAGAUCUGAAGUAUCUUUCCAGUGCAGACCACCUUUGAUACUGAUAGGAUCUUCAAGGAGAAUAUGCCAAGCAGAUGGUAGUUGGAGUGGGAUUCAGCCAACAUGCAUCGAUCCUGCCCACAACAGUUGCCCAGAUCCUGGUACGCCUCAUUAUGGAAUACAGAACAGUUCUAGAGGCUAUGAGGUUGGGAGCAAAGUCUUUUUCAGAUGUAGGAAGGGUUAUCAUAUACAGGGUUCUACUACACGCACAUGUCUUGCAAAUUUAACAUGGAGCGGCAUACAGCCUGAAUGCAUUCCUCAUGCAUGCAGACAGCCAGAGACACCAGCAAAUGUGGAUGUCAAAGCGAUAGAUCUACCUACCUUAGGCUACACUUUGGUGUAUACGUGUCAGCCAGGAUUUUUUCUUGCUGGUGGAUCAGAACACCGGACAUGUAAGCCUGAUAUGAAAUGGACGGGAAAAUCACCUGUUUGUAAAAGUAAAGGAGUGAGAGAAGUAAAUGAAACAAUAACUAAAACUCCAGUUCCUUCAGAUGUAUUUUUUAUAAAUUCAUUGUGGAAAGGCUUUUACGAGCAUCUAGGGAAAAGACAACCUGCAACUCUAACCGUUGACUGGUUCAAUGCUACAAGCAGUAAAGUGAAUGCCACACUGAUUGAAGCAUCCAACGCACAACUUAAACUAUCAGGUGUUUACAAGAAAGAAGAAGCCCAUUUGCUUUUGAAAGUCUAUCAAGUUAAAAAUCCUAGAGAGGGUUUUGCAAGCAAGCUUGAAAAUGAAAAGUGGGCAUUAGAUGGAUACGUAUCAUCUGGGCUUGAAAGAGGCAUAUUCACUUAUCAAGGUGACAUACAUGGAAAAGAUUUUGGGAAAUUUAUGCUCCAAAGACAAAGUCCUUUACGUGUGGACACCGACCAUCCCAAUCACUACUAUGGUACAAACAGCAGUUCUGUUGCAGCUGCAAUCCUGGUACCCUUUUUUGCUCUAAUAUUAUCAGGCUUUGCGUUUUACCUCUACAAACACAGAACAAGACCAAAAGUACAAUACAAUGGUUAUGCUGGACAUGAAAACAGCAAUGGACAGGCAUCAUUUGAAAAUCCUAUGUAUGAUACAAACUUAAAACCCACAGAGGCAAAAGCUGUGAGGUUUGACACAACUCUGAACACAGUUUGUACAGUGGUAUAGCCUUCAGUGCCCAAUUUGACUGAUUCAUAGCCAUACCUCUGAUGGACAAGCAGUAAUUCCUUUGGUGCCAUAUACCAGUUUCCCUUCUUCUCUUGGCUUCGCUGCUGUAAUCUUUAACAUCUAUCAGCAUAGAUGCAGUGAGGUUUUCUGGUAAAACAUCAGUCUUCUGGGUAAUCAAGACCAAGAUAAUUUCUUCAUCUCAAAGGUGGAUACGAAAUACCUGGCUGCAUUUGCUCCAAAUCAAGGCACACUUUGAAUGAAGACUGCCAAGUCAUAACCAUCUGUCAUAUUUAAAUGCCUCAGACUUUCACAUUUGUAUGUGGCUGGAUGCCUUUCAAUGCAAUCUUCCGGGCACUUGGAUCACUCCUUUGGGAACUGUGACAAACAAUAGCACCAUAAAUUAUCCCCAGGAAUAAGAACAU